AUGCUUUGCAGGACAUGCGCGUGUAUGCUCCGCGGCGGCACGGGGCAGCAAUGGAACGGCACCUACGACCUCACUUUCAAGCACCACGCCAGGACAGAGUCCCUCCGCAGGUCGAGAGAAGCCGGCUGCUCCAUAUGCAUUGCCCUUGCCAAUGAGCUGCGCCACGAAAUGGACCUGCUCGACGACCAGGACAUCUCCAUCGACGCCAAUCUUUCCGAGCUCAAGGGUGGCCAGUGGAAGGACGGCGGCGUCUAUCGCUUGGACUUCAUCCUGGAGAAGCGCCGCACCCGCACAUUUGUGCUGCGGCCCACAGGCGAGUAA